AUGGUGCAAAAAUUUGGUUACUCUAGAGGUAUAUUGCCAGUUAAGUACCUAGGAGUUCCAUUAACCACCAAAAAGAUGUCCAUAGCCCAAUGGCAACCACUUAUUGAGAAGGUGGUGACAAGAAUUUCUUCAUGGACAGCAAAAAAACUCUCAUAUGCUGGAAGAAUGCAAUUAGUGCAAUCUGUCUUAUUUGGUAUUCAGGCUUAUUGGUCUCAACUGUUUCUGAUUCCUAGCAAGGUCUUGAAGACUAUUGAAGCAUACUGCAGAAUCUAUGUGUGGUCAGGAGUCAAUGUCAUUACAAGAAGAUCUCUGGUAGCAUGGGAUAAAUUGUGUACUCCCAAAAGUGCUGGGGGACUGAAUCUAAUCAAUCUAAAACUAUGGAAUAAAGCAGUAGCAGCAAAGAACUACUGGGAUCUAGCUAACAAGGGUGAUAAGAUGUGGAUCAAAUGGAUACAUGAAUACUAUAUAAAAGGUCAACAACUGUCUAAUAUGCCAAUACCAAAGCAGGCUUCCUGGGUAGUUAGAAAUAUGGUGGAGGCAAGAAGCUCAGUAGAAACAAUUCAUAUUCAGCUAAAGAAGAAUAAUAGUAUGAUCAGACAACUAUCUUUAGCUAUGAUGGGGCAAUUGCCAAGAGUGGAUAGGAAAUGUAUUCUGUGUAAAGUGCAUGAUGAGAACAUGAAGCAUAUCUUCAUUGAAUGUGAGUAUGCUAAGAGUGUUUGGACAAAGCUGCUAAAAUGGAUGCAGAGGCAACCAAUCUCGGCAACCUCAUGGGACCAACACUGGAAAUGGGCUGCAGAGAAUGCAACAGGGAAAUCAAGUAAGGCAGGAGUAUUCAGGAUGGUAUAUGCAGAAGCAAUUCAUGAGAUAUGGAACAAGAGAAAUCACAGAAUAUUUGAAAAGCAAAGCAGGAAAGCUGAAGAGUUAGCUAGGAACAUAGCAUGCAUAUGUAAUGUUAGAGCAACUAAUCAAAAUAGGCAGUUUAUACAAAAAAUUUUAUAUUGA